CUCGCCUCAGCAGAAGUUUGAGGUCCACAGGGACAAAUUUCACUCUCCACUGAUCAACACAACUGCUCUUCGUCAGUCGACGUCCACAACUCUCCUUUUUCUCACCAAAUUGGUGAACGAAAAACAUAAAAAAACAUGGAUUCCUGAUGGACGUGUGGGAUUAUUCUUCUUAAUUGUGAUCAACUGGAUUUUUUUGACCUUGUGUCUGCUCAGUGUCAGAUGAUGGCUCGAUUGGUCUCCAAGAUCCCUCUUUUGGGACUUACUCUGGAAAUAUGCGUCAUUGCUGCCAUUGAUCUGCGUUUCAUGCCUGGUCCACCAACAAUGAACAUAACAGGAACCCACCACAUUAAUAAGUCAGACAACCUUGAAUUGACAUGCAGAGGUCGACAGUACCUGAAGUGGACAACACCUUCAACAAGCUCCCACUUCUCCAUCACCGACUGCAGUGGAUCUGGGCUCUUCUGCACCAGCCUGCUGAUCUCAAAUGCCACUGUUAAUGAGACAGGAGAGUACCGGUGCUCCUACAGAGACUUGAGAGCCGAAGAUGGCAAAAUGUCCACCGCUGCCUAUGUGUUUGUUAACGAUUACCGGAUUCCCUUCAUACCAUCGGAGAAAGAGUACGACGUGGUGUUCAUCCGUGAGGGGGAGCCAGUGGUCAUUCCAUGUCGAGGAUCUCUGGAGAAUCUCAACGUCACACUUCAUACUAAGUAUCCAAACAAGGACCUUUAUCCUUAUUGGAUGGAGUCUUUGUGGGACCCCAAGACUGGUUUCACCGUCCCCAGUCACCUGAUCAGCUAUGCUGGUGUGGUUUACUGCCAGACUCGUAUUGAGAAUGAGACCUUCAAGUCGUCGCUAUACAUUGUGGUCGUUGUCGGAUACAAGAUCCAUGACCUCACUCUGACCCCUGAUAAGGUCCAGCUUUCUGUGGGGGAGCGUUUGGUGCUGACCUGCACUGCCCACACUGAGCCGCAAGUGGGAAUCAUGUUCAACUGGACUCACUCAGGCGAACCUCUGACUUCUGGCUACAGCUCUAGCCGGGUUCACAUUACAGCCAACAAAAAGAAACUGUGGAACUCGCUGGAGAUGUCCAACACGCUCACCAUCGACAAUGUGACAGAAGAACAUACAGGAAAGUACACAUGCACUGCAUCCAGUGGACAGAUGAAGAAAAGCAGUUCAGCAGUUCUUAAAGUUUACGAAAAGCCAUUCAUCGACAUCAAGGAACCGAGGACGAAGGUUUGGGAGGCGACGGUGGGACAGACAUUCUCUUCCACCACCAUGAUUUUGUCAGCAUAUCCGGCUCCCAGUUUUAAAUGGUUAAAAAACAACCUCCCUUUGAAAGAAGUCUACAGGAUCAGUCAGAAGAAAGACACACUCACUAUUCAUGAUGUGACAGAGAUGGAUGCUGGGAAUUACACCAUCGUGCUGUCUAAUACGGGAGCAGAUCGGAGACUUACAUUUCAACUUGUGGUCAAUUAUCCUCCGUAUAUCAUCGACAAAGACGUGGCCACCGACAGUGACAUCUUCCCUUAUGGAAGCAGCCCCACGCUCAGGUGCACAGCCCGAGGGCUGCCCCUGCCAACACACGUCCAGUGGCAGUGGAUGUCUAAAGAAGACUGCCCCCAGGCGUUUAUCUCCAAAUCCGAGGGGCAGAUAUCGCAGUGCACGGCUUGGAGAGACAUCACCAACACCACUGGGCACAACCACAUUGAGCGGAUCUCCACAGACACAGAUCACGCUCAGAAGAAAAUACAGGGCAUAUUGAAGAUUCAGAAGGCAGAAACUCAUGGUAUCUACAGAUGCACUGUGCACAACAAAGUUGGAGAAGACUCACGUGCCAUCUUUUUCCAUGUGACCCGGACUCUGGAGAUAACCAUGUCUCCAUCCAACGAGCCUCUUGAAGAAGACCAGGUGGUCCUUCACUGUAAAGCCGACAAACUGCAGUACACAAACCUGACCUGGUUUCGAAUUACCAACACCUCAGAAGUGGGCCGGUUUCCUACGGUGCAGCCUUGUCGCACUUUACCCCUGCAGGCACCUUUGUCCCAGGCUGUGCUGACCAGUUCACUGGGCACUAAUGUCAGUCUGGACCUCACGCUGCCCAAUGCAUCUCAUCAUGAUGACGGACUGUACGUCUGCCAGGCGGAAAACAUCAACACUAAGAAAAGAACAUGUCUACUGCGGCAGCUGUCUCUCAGAGAUCUGAAAGCUGCAAGAAUCCUGAACAAUUUUUCAGACCACAAAGUCAACAUAAGUGCCACCGUUGCGCUUCUUUGUAACGCCACUGGAACCCCGACACCAACUGUGCAGUGGAUGAAAAACAAUCAGACGGUAGAGGAGGGUUCAGGCGUGAUUCUGGGUCAAAACAACCACGUUCUGACGAUCCAACGAGUGAAGAAGGAGGACAGCGGCCUCUACACUUGCACCGCGUGCAACAACCUCGGCUGUGACAGCUCACACACCAACUUGUCGACUGAAGGUGCAGAGGACAAGACGAAUGUGGAGCUGAUCGUCCCCAUUGGCUUGGUGGUCAUCGCCAUGGUUUUUUGGUUGCUGAUCGUCUUUGUAAUCCGUGGAAGAAAGAGGUCAACUGGAGGGGAAAUGAAGACCGGCUACCUGUCCAUGAUCCUGGACUCGGAGGACAUGCCCAUGGAUGAGCAGUGUGAAAGACUCACCUAUGAUGCCAAUAAAUGGGAAUUCCCUCGAGACAGACUGAAGCUUGGUGACCCACUGGGUCGAGGAGCGUUCGGCCAGGUUGUGGAAGCUGCAGCCUUUGGCAUUGAAAAGGUCGCCACCUGCACCACUGUUGCUGUGAAGAUGCUGAAAGAGGGCGCUACGUCCAGCGAGUACCGCGCCUUGAUGUCGGAGUUGAAGAUUCUCAUUCACAUUGGACAUCAUCUCAAUGUUGUCAAUCUGCUGGGAGCCUGUACCAAACCUGGAGGACCCUUGAUGGUGAUCGUAGAAUACUGUAAACAUGGAAAUCUCUCCAGCUACCUGAAGAGCAAGCGGAGAGAAUACAGCCCAUAUAAGGUGAAGAGGAAGAGAAUCAAUAGCCGGAGGUCGUCUCCUGCUGAAGAGGAUGUCACUGAAGGGGAUCUGGGUCUGGGGAUGAGUACCCAGCUGGAGAUCUCCACAGGGACGGCAGUCUGCUCCAAAGCUUUGGACAACAGUGCACAUGCUGACGACGAGAGCUCAGAUGAAGACCAUCUCACCAUGGAGGACCUAAUAUGCUACAGCUUCCAGGUUGCCAAGGGAAUGGAGUUUUUGUCCUCCCGCAAGUGCAUCCACAGAGAUCUUGCAGCCAGAAAUAUCCUGCUAUCAGAGAACAACGUGGUGAAGAUAUGUGACUUCGGACUGGCUCGAGAUGUCUACAAAGAUCCUGACUAUGUGCGCAAGGGAGAUGCCCGUCUGCCCCUGAAGUGGAUGGCUCCUGAGACCAUCUUUGACCGCGUGUACACCACACAGAGUGAUGUUUGGUCCUUUGGGGUCCUUCUCUGGGAGAUCUUCUCUCUGGGAGCCUCUCCUUAUCCUGGGGUUUGCAUCGAUGAGUCGUUCUGCAGGAGGCUCAAGGAGGGGACCAGGAUGAGGCCUCCAGAAUACGCCACCACAGAGAUCUACCAGACCAUGCUGGACUGCUGGUUGGCUCAGCCCACUGACAGGCCAACGUUUGCAGAGUUGGUGGAACAUCUGGGAGACCUGCUACAGGCCAGCGCCCAACAGGAUGGGAAGGACUACAUCCCUUUGACUACAGAAAACCAGGCAGAAGUAUCCCCCAACCACAGGGACCCCUACAACAGGCAGCAGAGUCAAGAAAUGUUGGGGUCUCAGCUUCAUUAUGACAACGCUCCAUCCUUGGGACCUUCACAGUCAGGUGAACGCAGCAGCAGGCCGCUCAGUAUGAAGACGUUUGAAGACAUUCCAGUGCAGCACAGCAGUGUCAUGGAGAGUCACAUGAGCAACUGUAUGAGCUGUUCACCAGAGGAAGUGAAAAAUAUGAAUCAACUUCCAACAACCCCUAACUUCAGCCAACUGCUUCGCUGUAAGAGUAAAGAGUCAGUAGCCUCGGAGUCGUCCAAUCAGACGAGUGGAUACCAGUCCGGCUACCACUCAGAUGACGCCGACAUGCCAAUCUACGCCAACGAAGAGGCUAUCAUGAAGCACAGCAUGCUGAAGAAGCCCCCUCACCCCAACACACCCAAUAAAUUCAGCGUGGAGAUCCGGUACAGCACGCCACCUGUCUGACACCCCUAACCCCUAACAGGAGUAUUUAAGUUGCAUGUACAGAAUGUGCCACAGUGUUCACGAGGUAAACUAUAAAAUCAGUAUCAACGUAUUUUCUUCUGGGAUAUUUUAAUACAACUACUGGGAGUCAGUGAAGGCUGUUUGAUAAGCUCUGAAGGGCAGCUUUCUUCGGUGGGAGGGAGGCUAUCUUGUUUGCACAGCCAGUGGAAGGUCUGCGGCGCCGAGACAAGAGGACACACCUUCUUCUCGAGGCACAAUCCGUGCCAGGAAAUGACACCUGGAAUUGUAAGAUAGUUGAAUCACUGUGACUAUUUUCUAUGUGUCCUUUUUAUGUAGUUGGCACACUGGAAUGCCAGAGGAGGAGGUUCUCAGAAAAAAUUCAAUGACUCAGAAGAGUCAUUGAAUUUGAGCUGUUUCUAUCUGUAUACGGUAUUUUAUUCAAUUCAACUGUUAAUUGUUUUAUAAAAUAAAUUGAUGCAUAGUGGGCUUUGUGUAUUUUUGCUUGAAGAGAAAAGAGAAAAUUCCCAUGACAUUUUACCCAGAACCUUGUUUAUGUCCCACGCCCAUGUUUGCUUUGUCUUCGUCUCAAACAAAGAACACAAUACUUUCUCAGCCUUGACUUAUUUGUGUGUGUGAGUGUGCAUGUGUUUGUGUUGUGCGUGUGGUCAUGAGCGUGCUUACAUGCACGCACGUGUGCCGAGAAACAAUGCUCAUCUAACUUUUGGUGUUUUCUUAGGUGCGUUCUGUUACAUGGGUGCUGAUGUUAGCCAGAAUGUUUACAUUACUGAAGUGCACAUUUAAGGUCUUCACUUCCUUCUUUGCUGUGACUCUACGUCACCACAACACUACACCCAGCAUGUCUUUCAUUCACCACCCUCAGUAGUAUCACAGCAUGUCACUGUUUC